AUGGGAAAUUUAAUUGAAUUCAAAACGUGGCCGAGACAUCAGAGAUUAUUUCAUGAAGUUACAAGUGAUGGAAUAUCGUUCUGGGUCAAAUCACAUGGAAGCGCUGUAGUGGGCUUGGCCGAAGUACCAAAUAGGGAGUGUUCAUAUGAGCUCACAAUAGAACCAAACAAGUGUUCUCUGAAGACCGAAGGAGGAGUCUGUUGUACAACUGAUGAUGACUAUAUUUUUUUGCUUAGACAUGAAUUUAGAAAAUAUUGGAUUUCAUGGAGGCAUAACACCAUUGUCUUUGGGUCUGGAAAUACAGUAAUUCUCCUAUGGCUAUGUUCUAUGAAGAAUUUCAUUAAAUAUGUUACAUUUUGUAGCGACAGAGAUUCAGGAAUGACUGAGUGGAAGUGUUAUUUGCCUCCGGUUGCUACAAUAGAAAACCUACCAUUGAGAAGGUUACAAGGUGGAAAACCUCGCUGGGUUCAGGUUGAAGACAACACUAAGCUCCCAGACGGAGCCCUGAUUGGAGGCUAUGAGAAUGAAUUCCUAUACAUCAUGAGAGCGCCGUUCAGAGGUUCAUUGACUCCAGGGAAAUUUGUGCCAAGUUUGGGACUUGGAUUUAUUGCAUGGGGACAUGAAAGCUAUAAGUGUGACACGGUAGAGAUAUUAUGUGGCUACAACUGUACCUGGGUCCGGAGCAAAUACAAUGAGGUGCCAACAGGUGCGGUGGAGGGAGGUUACUCGGAGGUAGACCAUGAGAUGCUUUAUGUGGGCCGAGUGUCAUACGGAGGGCACCUUAUUGUGGGGAAGGUGCAGCCCUCACACAGCUGCUGCUACUUCGCCUAUAAAGACAUGACAAAUUCGGAAAGGCACUUUGAAAUUUUAGUUGUUCCCAAUUCAAAUGCGACGCUUUCG